UAAACUGUUUACUUUUUCGUUCCAGAGAUUCCCGAACAUCACAAAAAUCUCAGGAUUUCCAGAAAAAAAAAUUACAACUCAAACUUAUCACAAGUGAAAUCCAUUGCAAAGGUCGGGUUCUGUGGCACUGGCAGCUUCUGCCCGAGGGCAGUUUCAACGCGAACUCGUUUCUCUCGGUGGUGCUCGAACAGUUGGGCGGACCAAAAUAAUCGGUCAAACAGUUGCCGCAGCGGGUGGAAUCGGGACUUUGGUGAAGGCGCAGGUGUCCAGCAGCUUGCCUCGUUCGGUUACGGAACGCAGCGUGAUGGAACAGCAGAGCAGGUUCCGGGCGCAGGGCGAACGGAUCAACAACAAUGCUGGCACGGCAAUUACGACAAACACUUUCCAAAUCUGGGAGACGACCGUCCGUCUGGCCCGGAUUCGCACCCUGAUGGAUCAUCUGUGCGCGGCCAACGAUGAGAAUGACGAGCUAAUUUACUGCCUGCGCGAACCGAACGAACCCAUCGAGGACACUCCGGAGGACACCAGCAACGAUACCGACCCGGACGAGGAGGACGGUUCCAUCAACUCCAUCAUCAAGGACAUCCGUUCGCGGCCUCGAACCCGUGGCGCCGUCAAAAUGAUCUUCUACAACCGGUUGGCGAUGAUCUCCGACAAGCUGACGCAGGACAUCAAGUUUCGCUCGGAGAACGCCGAGUUCUUCGACGAUCUGGAGCUGGUGCUGAGCCGAAUGUCGGACGAGGCGGCCGAGAUCACCAAGCGGGAGAUUAUGAAAUAUUUGGCCGAGGCCAAGGAGCGGCUCGCGAAAAAGGACCGGGAACGACAGCAAUUGCUCCAGCAGCAACAACAACAACAGAACUUUGACGGUGCUCCGUCCGGUUCUAGCUUAGCGGGUUCCUCCUCCUCCUCUAGUAGUUCGACUUUUUAAAACAAAAUUAAACCUAUACAUUUAAGCAGCAGCAGCACACACAAACAUUUCGGACGGGAUUUAAGAAACAGGAUUCCCAGCAAAAGAAAAAAAAAGAACUCAGUUUCCUCCACAUCUUUGGAUUCGGAUCUGUUCCGUUUGGACGACGUCGUUGUCGCAAGGAAGGCAGGAAAAAGUACACACGCACCUCGUGUGUUUAGCAGAAUGGACAUAAACUAAUCGUCGAGAGCUUCUUCUACUCUUAAGUGUAUAAUCCGUUUAAUUUUUAUUUAUCCUCCUCCCCCUCCCAAAAACUCUUUACUCACUUUUCGAUUGACCGUUUUUCAAUCAUUAUUGACUUUAUUUUUUUCUCUCAUACUUGUUUAUUUAUAAUUGUUUGAAGAUUCCAAUACAACAAAUUAUCGAAAUGAAGAAA